AUGAGCUCUCGUUCCGCCCUCGACAAAUACCGGGAAGGAUCCAACACUCUGCCUCAUUCUCAUCGUUCUUACAUCCCUCUAGAUAACAGUAGUAAUUGCACAUCUGCUUCGCAUCACCGAGCCGCCUCGAUAUCGCGCUUCAGUCGACGUUCUCUGGCUGCAAUUGCCCUGGAGAAGACCUCUUCUGCGCUGAAUAACCUUGUUUCUCUUGGUGGCUCGUCCAAUCCUCCUGUCCGGUCCGCUCCAGCCUUCUCCGGCGGCAACAAUUUGAAGCUAUCGCCAACCGCUACUUCGCCACCGACUGAGUACUUUCCAGAUAUCAACGGCGGGAGGAGCGGUAACAGCAACGAGAGUGGUCGUGGUGGUGUCGCGGAUCAUCUUGGUUCUCGUUUCCCGCUCCAGACGGAAAGCAACGGGGAUCCUGCACAUACUGGGCCCCUGCCUGACCAACCAGCCUCUCCAACUUAUAGUCAAAGAAAUCAUAGCAAUCCGUCCAUCUCAAAUAGGCGGAAUACGCUUCAGGCACACAGUGCAGACACAUCUCAGAUGCCAAGCGCCAAAAUGCAUCAGACUUCGUCGCGCCUUCUGCGUAUGACCAGCGACGACCGGCCCUUCAGCCGGGAUUUCAAGGACCUCUUCUCGACGCUGAUGGUCAGCCUGAAGCUGGAGAGCCACCGUGUGCGGUUCUCAAAGUUCGACCACACCUUCAUGUCCGAGGAGGCCAUCAACAACCUGGGUUCGCUGAAAUUCUCUCAGUCUAACCGCAUGCCUGACCCCAAGGACCCCUCCCGCAUCGUCACGACAACGACCACUACCACCUUUUCCAUGGCCAGGGAGAUGGCUCGCUCCGUGUGUCAGCGGUUCGUGGAUGCUCGCUUCAUCGAGCCUGUCGACGGUCGCGUAACCGCUCAGUUUCCUCUCAAGGGCUCUCUAUUCCAGCUGACGCCAAAAGGUAUCCACAUUCUUCACCGCUUUUGCCAAAGAAAUGGCAUCACUGCCCGCCAUGUCAUGGAUGUCCUUGAAUCUCCCCGCAAUACUAUGCAGUUGGUCAUCUUGGAACGCGAUAGUCAAACGGACCAACUAUCAAGAGACCGGGCGACAAUCGAGGUUAUCUUUCGUCGCUUUGCCGGAGUUGAUGGGCCAAAUCUCAAGAAUACCGUAUCCAGUUCGGAUUCCGAUUCUGUGAGUGACUACGCAAACGGCACCACGGGAGUCAAAAUGGCGAAAGAGCGCAAGGUCGGAGACAAGGUCAUUCAAAACAGUUUCACCGGCAAGGCUGCAGUGGAUUGGAUAUUAGAUUGCUGCACUGCGAGCGAUAAUCGUGAAACUUACGAAAUUGCAGUGAUGUUUGUGAAAUAUAAUUUGAUUUAUGCCAUCGCAGAAGAUAAGGGUUAUAUGCUACAGCAUCCUGGGGCAACAUCCUUCCAACCCACGAAGCACGCCAUCUAUGGCAUAACAGAGCAUGGCCAACGGGUCUGUGGCUGGAUCGCACGAGACAAAGUCACUCCUACCUCCAUUGACGGUCGCGUUGUGCCUCGUGAUUCAAAUAAUGCCCGUCUGAAUCACAUUCUACAAGAUGCAGCUCUGAGGCUGUUAUUUCGUGAAUUUCUUCGAGAUUCUCUUUGCGAGGAGAACCUGGCAUUUUACCUUGAUGUCUCGACCUUCACAGCCGAUUAUCAUCGUGCAGAGAGAGCUGGAACAUUCUCUAGGAUGGAUGCCGUCCGGGAAACUUUGGCUAGUGCCUACGGGUUAUACAAUGCCUUCCUUGCACCCGGGUCUCCUUGUGAACUCAACAUUGAGCACGCUCUCCGAAAUAGCCUCGCUAGCCGUAUGACCAGAGCCGUUGGAGAUGACGAAGCGAUGAUUGAGAGUUUGACGGAGGUUGUGAGCUUGUUUGAACUUGCUCAAGUCUCCGUCUUCAAAUUGAUGUCGAGUGAUUCUGUUCCGAAAUUUGUCCGUGACCCACGAUACGCAAACAUCUUGCAGGAGCACGACUUUGAUGUGAACAGCUCUGGUCGAUCGUAUUCCCCUACUCCAGCCCCCGUCCCUGAGCGUUCGAUGAGCCGAUCUGCGAGGUCAUGA